AUGUCUCAACGUCAGCUCUCGCGAACGCUCCCGAAGAACUUCACCUUCCCAUCAUUGAGCGCCGACGAACCCAGGACCCCCGAACGUCCCUCGACCCACAUCGACGUUCCGCCUCCACCGCGUCAUUCCUUCUCCAGUACCCGCCUCCCUCGCGUUCGCGUCCGCUCCGGCACUGAUGUUUGCGCGCGUAUGGACCUGGACUUGUUCCGCUUCCAGGGUCUACCUGAUCUCCCCUUGCCCUCGAUCGAAGUCGGUCACUCAAACGCGCCGCUCGAUUUAUCUCCCUCGGCGCAGCCCGGCAACGAUGAACGCUACCUAGCCCCACCGCGCCAGCGAGUGAUUUUCAAGACUCCUCCUGCUCAGAUUCGCGGUACUUCUUUUGAUUCAAAUGACGAAGCCCAGGCGUGGCCCUCCUGGGACCAAACUCCUGGAUAUAAUCUCCAGCGCUCGGGCUCAGUAUGUUCAAACCUUUCAGAUUCAUCUGUCGAAUCAAUCGAGACUUUUGCAUCGCGUCCAUCUGUAGGCGGGAGCUGUUCCAGUGUGGAGAGCGAUGUCUUUGGGUAUUUCCCUCUCGAAUUCACUAAGGAGACUGAAAUGUCGUCUCCCACUCUGCCCAAGAAGAACGCCCGGCGUCCUCAUGUCAAGGAGAAGAUUUUCUCUCGCGAGAUGGACAACCAUCUGUGGAAUACCUACCAGAUGUAUCUGCAAGACCCUACCAUGACUCCCUUCAAGAUGACCCCGGGUAGCAUUCCCCCCUUGGGCGUCACGUCCCGCGUGGCCCGCCGAGCGAGAAAGACUUGGGAGAACAAGAAGCUCCGUAUGGGCCAGUCCUUGCUCAUGGUCUCAGACCGUAGCGGCAGUUCUACCCCGAAGGCUUUCGUGGACAACAAGACUCCAUGGCCCAAGUCCGACUCCAAGACCCGCAACCGCUUGAAGAUGUUGUGCCGCCGCAAGUUCUCGAUCAUGCCUCAUUACCAACGUAUGAUGCAGUCUUGCAGUCCAGAACCUGCACCUGACAUGGGUAAUGAUGCCUACCAACCUGACAACUCUGCCGCCUACGGCACCCGCGACCUCGGUGUCUCUCUUGUCGCCUCGUACGACCCGACUCCAUUGACUCAACUUGCCGAGGAGCCUGCUCCCGAGUCGAAGACUGAAUGGUUCAAUAAUCCCGUGCAAAACAUGGUCGAAAUUCCAGAUGUUCGACCCUCUAACCAACAUUUAAACGUUGAACCCUGCAGCAUCCCACGCCUGGGUUCGCCAUUUGUUUACAGUACUUGGGGCCCCGGAGGCUCAGAGCGUGCAGUUGAAACUGUACCCAUCUCUGCUCGCCGCCAGACAGUGCAUGCUGCUCCAACUCGACCUCGGCGUAAUACCCACUUUGACAUGACCCCUCGGGAGCAAGAUGAUGUGUUCUCCCCCAAGGUCCACGUUAACCGAGAUCCCUCCGAUGAAGAGGUUCACCAGCGCUUGAAUACCUACCUUCGAGACAACAAAGUUCAAGACAUUGGCCAUGGCCGCGUUCGCAUCCGUGGCCGAGGUGCCACCACCGGUGCCGCUGAUCGUUCUCGGGAUGUUAGCCAGCUGUUCUCGCCCCCUUCAUCUCUCAACUCUUCUCAAAUUGAGCCUGAGGAAACGACACCUAUUACCAAGCCUCCCGUCAAUUCAUUCUUGAAUCUUGGAGGUGAGAAUAUCAAGCGCCUUGGCUCCCCCUUCAAAGUGGAAAGUCAAUUUAAGCGACGUACAACCCCUGGACGAUUCAUUCGACAUGCACCUUCGCUGUCUGAUCCAUUCUCAAGCGGUGGUAUUUCCACCUACCCAGGCUCUAUGAAUCCUUCACCCAUGCAGGAGCAGCAAACCCGACAAGGACCCCCUCUACAGAACCCAUUUGAGGAGGGCCUCUCGGAUGCUGAGCGCAUUCGGCGGGAGAUCCUAAGCAUGCCUUUCAUGCGCAAUUAA